AAUGAGGCGAGUGCUACCAACCGUCCUCUUCGCGUACAUUGCAGACAAUAUCAUUGUUGUAAAAGCUUCUGAAAUGUACUGUCAAAGUACAUAGCUUCCUCUUGGUGUCUCAGUAAUUUCUAUGUUUCGCGUGUGCAUACUUUUGUGUAUAUAUUUACAGAGCACAGAACAUUAAACAUAGUCUGAACUGAUCUGAAUUCAGCGUCGGUCAUGUCACGCAUGAAUAAUUUGCGUGAGGAUUGAUGCUUCGACAAGCCACCGCUGGAUCUCGCCGACAAAUUUCUUCUGUAAAGAGGCACUUUUUGAAGAAUAGAAUGUCAGAAUCAGAGAUAACGUUAGAGGAAGAACUUUCUCCGGACCUGUUCUCAGAUAUAGAAUUAUCACAGAGCACGAACAAUGUCAAUUCAGAUUCAAGCUCCAUGUCCAUUGGCGUUAACGAACCUGAGCCUGACAACGAUGACGAACCAGCAUGGAAGGGCAUGAGCAUGGACGAGAUACGGAGGGGCCUUGGCGUUUACGAACAUCGGGAGCAUCCGCCGAUCGUCGUGUCGCCUCGUCACACAGUAUUGUUCAUGUUACCAUUGCGUAUGCAAAAUGGGCCACCAAAACCAUAUCCGACGCAUCAAACAGACAAAUGGAGCCAGGGCUAUGUGCGAAUGCCAUGUUCUGCGCACAGCUUGUACCCAAUAGAGCAGAGAACCGGAAGUCGUAGCUGUCGAAAUAGAUGGGAGAUGAUCCAGGAAGCCUUGCUGAGAAGCAUUCUUUCCAGCCAACAAUUGGAAGAGGCUAUACUCUCGUACAAUCAAAUAUAUGCACAGCGCUGGAAUUUUGCGGCGCUUCAUCACUUUUUCUCAGAGGUUAUGGAAUUGGAAGAAACGACAAUGUUUUUUGAAACUUUGAUGCCAAAAAUAAUUCAACUGGCCCUGCAGCUUCCUGUGCUGUUAACUGGCGCAAUACCGCUGUUGAAACGACACACCAAUGGCUCCAUCAGUUUAAGUCAAUUACAAGUAGCUUCGUUACUGGCAAAUGCAUUUUUUUGUACAUUUCCUAGGCGCAAUUCCAGUAAUCCACAAUCAGAGUAUGCGACGUACCCAUAUAUUAAUUUUAAUAGAUUGUACGGUGCCUAUAAUGAAAAACACAGCCAGUGCGAGUCAGUAAUGGAAAAGAUUAAAUGUCUGCUCCAUUACUUCAGGAGAGUAACAACUAAAGCACCUGAAGGUAUAAUAACAAUCGAACGACGUUACAUUCCAUUGGAAAACUGUCCAAGAUGGAGUUCGCAAGAACAGAAAUUGCCACCGUUACACGUAACAAGUAAAGGAACCAUUGAAAGUGAAGGAGCUGGAUUUCUUCAAGUGGACUUUGCAAAUAAAUAUGUGGGUGGAGGUGUACUAGGCUUAGGCUGUGUGCAGGAAGAGAUACGGUUCGUUAUAUGUCCAGAGCUUAUGGUCACUAUGUUGGUUACGGAGGAACUGGACGAUACCGAGGCGCUCAUUGUCAGCGGCAUCGAGCGGUACAGUAAAUACGAAGGAUAUAGCAACACUUUCAAAUGGAAGGGGGAUUUUGUUGACGAGACACCGAGGGAUAAUAGCGGUAGACGCAUGACGUCAAUCGUUGCUAUUGAUGCCCUUUACUUCAGGCAGUCCUCGCUGCAAUUCAAUAUGGACAACAUAAAUCGUGAACUUAACAAGGCGUAUGUUGGAUUCGUCGGAUCUGAUAUUUACAAGAACAACCUGCCCGCCAUUGCAACGGGAAACUGGGGAUGCGGCGCGUUCCGCGGAAAUCCGAAAUUGAAAAUCUUGAUACAAUUAAUGGCUGCUGCGGUUGCAGGCCGAUCGAUGGUUUAUUUUACUUUCGGAGACACGAAAUUGCGAGAUGAUGUUGCAGCGAUGUAUGCACAUUUGGUUCAUCACGAUAUUGAUAUAGCGCGACUUUACUCAAUGCUAUCGGAAUAUCGUCGAGAGUCCGCGUCAAACGCUCAUUUGGAUUUUUAUCGUUUCUUGUACAACAGAAGUAAAAUAAAACCUUUAAACAAAUAUUUUCCGGCGAAGACCGAGAACUCCUCGGUAAAUAUUUCGACCGUGUGUAUGAAGGAGACGCUAUUCAAAAGAAAUAAAACCGCGAGCUUAUCAAAUAAAAACGUCGAUAACAACCGAUAUCUCUACUCGGCGGCCAAGGAGAAGGAAAUGGCGGAGGAGGAAAAGAUAAUGAAUUGGCUGACAAGUUGCGAGGACGAUAAUAACGACAGUGUUAAGCUCGGCACUAAGGAUAUCUGCGACGAGAAAACCAAGAGUAAUCCAGCAGAAACGAAUAAUCAUAAAAACGUUGGUUUGCAGGACAAUCAUUUGCAGAAAACACUAUCGACUUUUGCAGAAAACACUAUCGACAAAGAGAGCGUACGAACGGAAGGUGAAAUGUCGAAUUUUGAUAGUGUAAAGUCCUCGAAUUCGAAUGAGCUGGCCGCUCCGUGUUUUAUCGACAAUCAAGACAUAUCGAAGAAGAUAAAACCCGAAUUACCAUCGGAAUCUAGCAAACUAAAUGACAGCGAGUCUGUCAAGAUCUUGAAAGACUGCGCUCCAGAAUCGUGGAAACAGAAAUCGCUCCCGAAAAAGAGUGGCCAGAAGAAGAUCUCGGAUUUUUUUCAGCGGAUAUCGUGA